UUUGUUGGGCCAAUUAUAAGAUCCAAAAUCCGAAUACAUUACCCAAAUUCCCGCCAUCAAUUACAAUCACCUUAACAAGAAAUGAACUUCACUCGCAGCACAAUCUCAACUCCUUUCCAGUUCUUGUUCAACCCUAAUUUCAAAUCCCUAAUCGACCCAAACCCCGCCCGAAUUUUAAUUCUGCCCCAAAAUCAUCCAAGCCGUAAACCCCUCCUUUCACAUAACAGUAAAUUCCCUAAUCUUAAUUUGACUGCAAAGAAGAGGAAUUUCCAAAUCAAAGCUUCAAUUGAAAGUAACAAUGGUGAAACAAGUAACUGGUUAAGCUGGUUACCCACGGGAGGUUUAGCAGCUGAUAAAGUUUUGAGAUUGAUUUCAAGUGCAACUUCAAGUCCCAUUUGCCAGUUCAUUUCUUCACCUACCACUUUUUUGCAUUCAGUGGACCCUAGAAUCAAAUUGGUAUGGCUGUUGGCGUUGGUUGUUUUACCAGCACGUUCCCAAUUAGUAGUUCGUUUUGGACUGGUAGCAUACAUUGCUCUUUUGUCAGUAUUAGUUCUCCCAAAACAUGUGUGGAUGGAUCAAUUGGGAAGAGUGUCACUACUUUGUGGAAUUUUAUUCAUACUAUCAGGGCUUGGUACCGAUGGUGCACCACAACUUGUUCAGUUGAGAACCCCAGCAUCUUCACUCACAGGGUUGCCUGAUCUUCCUACAUCGUUAAGUGGCUAUUCAUAUUUAAUUAUGAAGUUAGGACCAUUACAGUUUACGAGGAAGGGUUUGUCUGUUGCUACUACAGCAUCGUGUUUAACCUUCAUUAUCUUUCAAAGUGCAAGCCUUUGCUUGGCAACUACAACUCCAGAACAACUUGCAUUUGCCUUGCGGUGGUUUAUGCUCCCUUUGAGGUAUAUAGGUGUCCCAGUGGCUGAAAUUGUUCUGACACUUAUGCUCUCAUUGAGGUUUAUCAAUUUAGUUUUUGAUGAGGUUCGUAAUGUUGCAAUGGGGAUUGUAUCUCGUAGGAUAAAUUGGCAACAGUUGACAAUGAUGGAGACGAUUGAUAUUUUUGCCUCGUACAUUCGGCGGAUCUUCAAAAAUAUUUUUAGCCAUGCAGAGCAAAUAUCCCAGGCUAUGAUUGUUAGGGGAUUCAGGGGUGACAGUAAUGGUCAUAAACUUUACUUCUUAUCAGACUCAUCAAUCGGGAUGGCUGAUUUCAUUUCCUUGCUUUGCUUGAUUGGUGUUACAACUGCUGCACUGUUGUCUGAGUAUUUCCUUGUCUAAUAUAGUAUCUUCAUCUCCUCACCUCGGUUAUCUUCUUCAAACGGAACCAUUUUUUUCAUCCUUUUAUUGGUUUCUUCCUUGAUUGACAUGAAAUGCUUGCAGAUGAAAUUAUACCAUUAUUCUACAUGGUUCCAUCGCUUACUUUCAUUAGACAGAAGAAGAAUUAUACAGUCAACUGAAGUUCUGAAAGACAAUCCAUUGG